UUGAAGACCACUGCUUGUUAUGACUUCGCCACUGCUUUUAUUAGGCUGUUUUAAGGAUUUUAAGCAAUCUUGAAACUAAAAUUUUAACUUGCCUCGUAUUUUUUCCUUUGUAGUUUUUGCAUUUUAUAACUUUUAUCACGAGAAAAAAACCUUCCAGAGAGAUGGCAGACUGGAAGGCGCAGAUAAGUUACAACUACAAACCCUCUUACCAUGCCUACGCUUACGGCCUUGUGUAUCAACCCGGAGCAGAGCAAAACCACGGGAACCUGAGCAGCUGGGGCGAAGCUGGGGUCACGGAUUUGAGCAACUACAAUGCCGGGAUGACUCAGGCCUACUACGCCACCACCGCCCGGACCCGGAACGAGUCUCCGCCCGGCAGCCCGGAGCAGCACGCCGUGAGCGGCCACGGUCACUACCAGGGCUCCGGGGUUGUCUACCUCGGUGACACCCAGGCAGGCCGUCUGCUGUUGGCAGGACCCCACCGGGCUGCAUACAAUGCCCGGGCUCUUGAAGCCAGGCGGGCCGGGAGCGACUCGACCAGUGACUCGGAGGCGCACACCUCACCAGAUUCAUGGAGUUCUGGCAGCAGCCGAGAAGGCAGUCUCCCGCAGGCUGACCCUGCUACCUGGGCAAUUAAAGAUCUUGACGAUGAGGCAAGCGGCAGGAGCCCGGAUGCCAGCGAGGAUGUCUCCAGCUCUCUCAUGGAGGAGCCAAGGACCUUUGCUGUCAGUGGGAAGGAGUGCACUGACAACACCAGCUCUAUACAUGCACCCGUAACUGCUCCAAAAAAACAAAGCACUACAACUGCUGUGAAUACUCCAAAAGGAAAGGUCCGGGCAGCCUUCUCAGAGACUCAAAUGAAUGCUCUUGUCCAGCGCUUUAGUGUGCAAAGGUACCUCACCCCGGCUGAAAUGAAGAACCUGGCAGAACUUACCGGGCUAACCUACAAACAGGUGAAGACCUGGUUUCAGAACCGAAGGAUGAAGCUAAGGAGGCAUCAGAAAGACAACAGCUGGGUGUCUGAGCGCUACGCCAACAACAAAGGCAGCUCGAUACAUGGAACAAUGUACACCAACAUUCCCACGCACAUCCCAACUUAUCAAGGAGAAGCACGGGCUCAGCUCAAGGAGCAUUACAACCAGCACAUGAUGGAGGCAGCCUUCAAGAAGACCGCUCCACAGAACCUGGCCUUCUAUCUGGCUGCGAUGGGCUCUGCUGCUGGAUCUGCUGGCUACCCUCCAUGGUCGCCGAGCUCAUCCCAGCAUGCAGUGCCCUCCAACAGGCCCCAGGCGGCUGGCUGGUCCAUGCCUCCAGGAGUCGGCCACUAUGAAUACAACCCCAAUGCAUUCAACCCGGCCAGCGCAGGCUCUGUGAAUAUCUCCGGGCAGGACACAAGCUUUGACGGCAAAGACGGGGAGCCAUAGAACAGCCAGAGCUCCUUAAACAUGGCCAUGCAUAAUGCCAGCCAGUAGCCGAUGCUGUGCUGCUUUUGAGCUUUUCUGUAAAUGUUACCCAAACAGCCCUGUUAAUAUUCUUCUAUUCAAGUUUCCCGGUGCAGUUAUGUAAUUGAUGAGGUCGGUUUGAUGUGGCCGGGUGUACAUAUGCCUUGUUCAUACCUCUGUUCAAAAGUUACUUUUCUACCAUGAAGUGUUAUUUUUAUACGCAACUAUUUAAUAUAUGUUGGUGUGUUCUUUGCGCUUGGUAAGCCGAGAUGGGUCCAAGUCGGCUACAUUCUUCGGAUUACAAUGUUUUUUUGAAAAUCUUUUAAGGCAAAGUGCUGAUGAAGUACUGCACAAAUUUCCUACUUUUUUGCUAUAAAUACAGGUUCACUUUGGCAA